GGAAGGCGUGAAGGGCAGGCGUUGCAGCCUUUCUAAGCUUGAGGUCACCUCUCUUUAACGCUCCCUCAAUUUUUAGGCGUGGCCUCCCGGAGCGCCACGGCCCUCGGCUGCUCCGUCGCGUCUUCUGGGUUACAAUAAAGUUUUCCUCCCUGUACGGAGCUCAAGAUGGCGGCCUCCUGGUCGCCCUUGGUUACCCUGCGCUCCGCCGCGCGCAGCCGGCUGACUGGGAGAGGUGUUGGGUGCGGGGCGCGGGUCGUCGCAAUCCCUCCUCCGGCCCCUGGCCCUGGGAACCCCCUUUGGAAAGCCUACACAGUCCAGACAUCUGAGGGUGUACGCUCCACAGCCGCUUCUGAGGCCCAUUUGAAAGCCUUGGCUGUUUGCCGUGGGCCUCUGGACCACUACGACUUUCUGAUCAAAGCUCAGGAGCUGAGGGAUGAUGAACAGCAAAGAAGAGUCGUUCAGUGUUUGCAGAAGUUACAGGAGGACCUUAAAGGAUACCGCAUAGAGGAAGGAGGGCUCUUUUCAAAGCUUUUUUCAAGGAACAAACCUCCAAAGGGCCUCUAUGUUUAUGGAGACGUUGGUACAGGAAAAACAAUGGUGAUGGACAUGUUUUAUGCAUAUGUGGAAAUGAAGAGAAAAAAACGGGUCCAUUUUCACGGCUUCAUGCUGGACGUGCACAGAAGGAUACAUCGCCUUAAACAGAGUUUGCCGAAAAGGAAGGCAGGAUUCAUGGCUAAGUCAUAUGACCCGAUAGCUCCCAUAGCCGAGGAAAUCAGUCAAGAAACUUCUCUCCUAUGUUUUGAUGAAUUUCAGGUCACUGACAUCGCCGACGCCAUGAUUCUGAAACAGCUUUUUGAAAAUCUGUUCAAAAACGGGGUCGUCGUUGUGGCAACGUCCAACAGACCACCGGAAGACCUCUAUAAAAAUGGACUCCAGAGAGCUAACUUUGUGCCGUUUAUAGCGGUCCUGAAGGAAUAUUGUGAUACGCUGCAGCUGGAUUCUGGGAUAGAUUACCGGAAAAGGGAACUUGCCCCUGCAGGAAAACUCUACUACCUUACAAGUGAGGCUGAUGUGGAGGCUGUCGUGGAUAAGUUGUUUGAUGAGCUGGCUCAGAAACAAAAUGAUUUAACUAGCCCAAGGAUUCUGAAAGUGCAAGGCAGAGAGCUGCGGCUGAAUAAAGCCUGUGGAAGCGUUGCCGACUGCACAUUUGAAGAGCUGUGUGAGAGACCACUUGGAGCAAGUGACUAUUUGGAAUUAUCAAAGAAUUUUGAUACGGUAAUCAUACGAAACAUUCCGCAGUUUUCACUGGUGAAGAGGACGCAAGCGCGAAGAUUCAUCACUCUCAUUGAUAACUUCUAUGACUUCAAGGUGCGCAUAAUCUGCUCCGCUUCAGCUCCCAUCUCAAGCUUGUUUCUGCAUCAGCAUCCUGACAGUGAGUCGGACCAGAGCAGAAUCCUGAUGGACGAUUUGGGGCUGAGCCAGGACUCAGCCGGGCUCUCCAUGUUUACGGGGGAGGAGGAAAUCUUCGCCUUUCAGCGCACCAUUUCCCGGCUCACAGAGAUGCAGACGGAGCAGUACUGGAUUGAAGGGGACAGAAGCAGGAAAUAACUGUCACUUUCACACGAUUAAAAAGAAAAAGCGACUGGUUAGGGCUGUGAGACAGUGAGACGUCACUGCAUCACUGAGACUGACGGGAUCAUUUCGUCAUCAUCAAUGCACUUUGCCCUCUGGACUGCUGAGUCUGUGGCAGUGGACGGACACACUGAAGAAGUCUGUCUCUCCUUUGUAGAUCCGCGAUUAUUUAUAAAGUGGAAUCAUAACUCUUGAAGAUUACUGCAAGCCCUGACAUGUCUGCUUUGUCUGAAUCAUGAACGCACAGGCAGAGAAUGCGGAUAUGUGCGCACCUCCCAGCUUCAGCUGCACAACAGUCACACCUCAGAAAUACAUUCGCUGUAAGAAACAGGUGGCGUCCUACUGUUCAGGUUAAAACAAAGCCUUCUGAUCAUAAACUGAAGCGCUGGCCUCUGUGUUCCCGUGUUAGUUGGUUAGGAAUGGCAAUAACCUUUGGGCCUUGAGGUUUCCUCAGCUCUAACCCACAGAUCCAGGUUGGCAGGCAGUGCCCGAGCCCAUGAGGACAAGGGUUAUAAAUCCCCGGGAAAUUCCAGCUAAUUGGCAGGUCUCCCCUCUGACAGCCAAAGUGGGGCAGGUUCCAGGAUCCUGAUUGGUCGAGCGCUGGAGGAGGCAGAACCAGGGCCACACCCACAGCAGCGUGGACCCUCCCCCCAUCACCCAAGGUCCCCACUCUGUUCACUAGCGUCUGCUUGCACUACAGGGUCCACUCCCUGUCCUUGAUCCCGAGUCACAGAGUUGGGCCUCGUAGGAAACUGGAAAGGACACUUGAUAAAGCUUCUAUAAAUAAAAGUUGGCUUUUCCUUCA